UUACAUCAAUAAAUUACGGGGACAUGGACAACGGCUUAGAUCAUGAUGGAUGGUGGGAAGAAAUUAGCAACGAUCUAGGGGAUGGUUCAAAACCAGACACAUUGAGAGCAAUCACACCGGAUCAAAUGGAGCAGAAUAUGGCUGGUGGUGAUGACCAAAUUGAUACUUCGCAGAUCAAAACUUCAAAGAAACGCUUGGGUAAGGUUCCAGAUAACAAAUUCAAACUUGACCAGGAACUCGAAUCAAUGGGAGAACCUCUACAAUCUAAUUUAAGACCGGAGAAGCGCCCUCGCAGGUCUGUGGAUGAGCGCCGGAAGCUCGUCAGAUGUGCAUCUAAUCACAAGCCUGGGGACUUUGAAAUCAUCGCUUUGGAUUCAAAAUGGGAUCCUUUGCUUGCUUGGGCACAGGGAUCGCUCGGAGAAACUGCAGACUCGGCAGUCAUGCAUCACUUGGUGCUCUGCUUUGGUAAACAAGUCAAGAAGAUAAACGAAAAGUUGACUCUUGCCAAGCCUUAUCGAAAAGCUGCCAUUACUUUUUGA